AUGGCGCCAAAUGUAGACCCCGCCAUCAUCGAAGCGCUUGCUCUUGAUCCGGCGGUAACGAAGAUUAGAUCUCAUGGAGGCUCUGGUUUUGCAUCAACGUUCAAGAUCACGUCACAAGUUGAUGGCCAGGACAGAAACUUCUUUGUGAAAACAGGCUCCGGGCCGGAGUCGGAUCUGAUGUUCAAGGGCGAGCACGCGUCCCUCAACGCGAUUCACAGUUCCGUACCGAAUUUCUGCCCGAAGUCUCACGCCCAUGGCUCCAUGAGAGACUCUCGAGGCAAAUUCUUCAUGGUCACAGACUUCCUGGACCUUGGCUCAUCAGCGCCCGGCGGGUCCGGCGACUCGUUGGCGAAAAAGCUGGCGAAGUUGCACACCACCCCAGCUCCCAUUCCCGAAGGGUUCGAUAAGCCAAUGUUUGGAUUCCCUGUCACCACUUGCUGUGGAUCCACGCCUCAAGACAACUCGUGGAAGGACUCAUGGGCGGACUUCUACGCCAACAACCGACUUCGCAGCAUCUUAAAUGCAGGCGUUAAGUCAAACGGGUCAGAUGCAGAGCUUUCGAGUGCUGUCGAGAAGACGGCGAGUAAGGUGGUGCCACGCUUGCUUGGCGAUGACCACCUGAAAGGCGUCACGCCUGUUGUGAUCCAUGGGGAUCUAUGGAGUGGAAAUCAAGGGCGUGGGGUGAUAGCAGGAAAGGGGGGUUCCGAAGAAGUGGUAUACGACCCGUCUAGCGUGUACGGCCACUCAGAGUAUGAGUUAGGUAUUAUGAGGAUGUUUGGUGGUUUUGGAAGUAGCUUCUGGAAGGAGUACGAGAUCUUGGUGCCCAAAGCCGAGCCUAAAGCUGAGUGGGAUGACAGAGUUGCCCUCUAUGAACUUUAUCAUCACUUGAACCACUGGGCGAUGUUUGGUGGUGGGUAUCGUGGCGGAGCAAUGUCUAUCAUGAAGAAGCUUAUUUCGAAAUAUGGUUAA